UUCUACUUUUGAUAGUCUUUGGUGCUGCUUUAUUUUUCUGUGAUUACUUUUCAUUUUUCUGAUUAAAAUUGAUUGGCUUGGUUUAUAUGCAGGUGGCUAAAUUUACCCGGACAAUGUUUGAAAUUGUAUGAAGAAAUAAGUAACUAAUAUCAGAUGUAUAACUUUAAGGUUGAUAUGGUACACACAGUAAAUCAAUGGCAUCAUUAGAACCUAAGACAACGGCUAAGGUCAGGAUAAAUACCAGUAAGGGUCCCAUUGAAGUUGACUUAUGGGCGAAAGAAAUUACAAAAACCACCAAACAAUUCUUAACCAAUUGUGUAAAUCAUAAAUAUGAUGGUCAAGUGUUAACCUCAUCAACUGAUCAUAAUUUGUUAGUCAGUGAAGGUGAUGAUGAUGACAUUGUGUAUGAUUUAAAGGACGAGUUUCAUUCUCGUAUACGAUUCAAUGCCAAAUUCAUGAUUUGUCCCGUGAAAGAAAGUGAAACAUUCAAAAAUAAUCAAUCAUUGGAUUCAUUUAUGAUAACUACAGCAGAAGGUGAAAUAUCAAGUUUUAAUAAUAAAUAUAAUCUAUUCGGGAAAAUAAUUGGUGAUUCCAUAUAUGUCAUUAAUCAAAUCAAUCAAAAUAAUAAGGAUGUGAUAGAAGAAAGUACUGGUAAGCCAUUGUAUCCUGUUAAAAUUGAAAGUAUUGAUUUUAUUGAUAAAUAUUUCGAUGAUUUGCCCAAAGAGGAGAAGCUGAAGCAUUUAGUGGAAGCUAUAGAGCCAGUUAAAAAGAAAAAAGCAAAGAUCAGUAGUGUUCAAAUGAGUUAUGAUGAUGAAGGAGAAGAUGUAGAAGUUAUAGAUUCAAAAAAAUUCAAAAUGAAAUCUGCUCAUGAAUUGUUGAAAAAGCAAACAAAAAGUGUUGUUAACAAAGAGGGAGAUCAAUCGUUUAAAGAUAAAUCUGAUGAAGUAGAAAAAGACUCAAAUGAUCUAGAAGGUAAUGGGUAUGAAGUUGUACAGAAGAAAUCUGAAGUAGAUCUUAAAGAUCAUUACAAAGGGGGUGUGAAUGAUGAUGUGCAUGAGGAGGAAGAGGUAGACGACGAAGAUGAUAAUGGAAUCAUAUCACAUCAGAAAAUGCAUAAAAUUCAUCCAAAAGAUAUUCCUCGUGAUCCAGCUGUCGAUUCAGAUUAUGAUGAAAACCUUGACUUAACCUCAGAUGAAGAUGAAGACGAUGAAGACGAAGAUGGUGAAGAUGGUGAAGAUGAUGACGAUGACGAUGAAGAAGAAGAUGACGAAGAAGAUUCAUCUUAAUAAUAAUGACUAAUGACUAAAAGUAUAGAAACUGUAAUAUAUAAAUUUAAUCGCCAUAUAAUAAUGUAAUUUCGCAUUGUGGUAGCGCUAGACUACAAUAUAGAAACCUUCUUGAGCAUCACAUUCAUGUUGAAUUAAUAUUAAA